AUGGAGCCGGCGAAACUGAGCGUGGAGGCGAGCACGAGGUACCUGAUGGAGCUCGGGUAUCGUGUGUCUGCGCCGCUCAACACCGACGGCUCGAGUGCUUCCGAUGUGGCAGAGACAGAGCACUCGCUGUGCAAUGGCUUCACCGGGUCCUACUCACUUGGCCUGCAUGUCGGCGCGGUGUUCCUGAUUCUCUUCGUGUCGCUCCUCGGCACUGCGAUUCCGAUCCUCGGCAAGUGCAUCCCUUCCCUCGUGAGGUACCCGUAUGUGUUCUCCGUGGCGAAGUCCGCUGCAACCGGCGUGCUGUUGUCUGUGUCGACGAUUCACCUGAUCUUCGAGGGUGCCGAGGCUUUCUCGGAGGACUGCAUCCCCGCCGUGCUGAAGAGUUACAGGCCGCUGUACUUCUUGCUUGCCCUGAUUGCUGUGCUGCUGAUGCAGGCGCUGGACAUGCAGCUGGCGGACAUCGCUGAGCGCUGGAUGAAGGCCAAGCUGAAGUUACAGGCAGAGGUGGCCAAGGCGGAACGCAAUGACGACGACGAGUGCUGCGGGCUCUCUCCUGACGUGGAUGUUGGCGUCACCUCGCGCCCAGCACAGGCGGAUGGGCCUUUCAUCGAUGAACGUAAGAGCACGAGCUCGAAGAGCGGUGUGCAGACGGCGGUGCCCCUCGUCGCAUUGAAUGAUUGUGAUGCGCCGCUGGUGACGCUGUCGCCGGAGCACCCGGAGCAGCGCCAUCACUGCGAUGAGCCCGCUGCUCACGGGCACCAGCAUCUGUCAGUGACGCCACCACGGGACAUGAACUCCAUCCGCUACGUGGUCUCCGCCGUGUGCAUGGAGUUUGGUGUGACGCUGCACAGCGUGUUUGUGGGCCUGGAUGUUGGGCUGAAGAGGGACAGUGAGCUGAAGCCGCUGCUUGUGGCGCUUGUGUUCCACCAGCUGUUCGAGGGCAUGGCGGUUGGGUCGCGUCUCGUGGACGCCAAGUUUUCGACGACCCUGGAUAUUGUUCUUGUCCUUGUGUUCUCCCUCAGCGCGCCAGCUGGCAUGGCCGCGGCCGCGAUUGCCGUGUCCGUGUCGCCGUCUGCGAUGUCCGGCAGCGGCUUCGCCACUGUUGUUGCUGUACUGGACACGCUGUGCGGCGGCAUUCUGCUGUACCUCGCCUUCACGCUGCUGCUUGGCGACUUUGUGGCGGAUGUGAAGCACUACUGCGGCGAUGGGCAGAGGCGCCGCACGCUGAAGAAGGUCAUCCUGUUUGUAGCGCUGUGGGUGGGUAUGGGGCUGAUGGCGCUUGUGGGCAACUGGCUGUAG